AUGAUGAAGACCCUGUCCAGCGGAAACUGCACGUUCAGCGUGCCCGCCAAGAACUCGUACCGCAUGGUGGUGCUGGGCGCCUCGCGUGUGGGCAAGAGCUCCAUCGUCUCCCGCUUCCUCAAUGGCCGCUUCGAGGACCAGUACACGCCCACCAUCGAGGACUUCCACCGCAAGGUCUACAACAUCCGCGGGGACAUGUACCAGCUGGACAUCCUGGACACGUCCGGCAACCACCCCUUCCCCGCCAUGCGCCGGCUCUCCAUCCUCACAGGGGACGUCUUCAUCCUGGUGUUCAGCCUGGACAGCCGGGAGUCCUUCGACGAGGUGAAGCGGCUGCAGAAGCAGAUCCUGGAGGUCAAGUCCUGCCUGAAGAACAAGACCAAGGAGGCGGCCGAGCUGCCCAUGGUCAUCUGCGGCAACAAGAACGACCACGGCGAGCUGUGCCGCCAGGUGCCGGCCACCGAGGCCGAGCUGCUGGUGUCGGGCGACGAGAACUGCGCCUACUUCGAGGUGUCGGCCAAGAAGAACACCAACGUGGACGAGAUGUUCUACGUGCUGUUCAGCAUGGCCAAGCUGCCGCACGAGAUGAGCCCCGCGCUGCAUCGCAAGAUCUCCGUGCAGUACGGCGACGCCUUCCACCCCCGGCCCUUCUGCAUGCGCCGGGUCAAGGAGACGGACGCCUACGGCAUGGUGUCGCCCUUCGCCCGCCGCCCCAGCGUCAACAGUGACCUCAAGUACAUCAAGGCCAAGGUCCUCCGGGAGGGCCAGGCCCGGGAGCGGGACAAAUGCACCAUCCAGUGA